AAUUAAUUUUAGGUAUAUUCUCCUGCUUAAUUCCAGACAAAUGAGCACACUUCACAUGACACCAUUUAGGGCACAAACAGCAUCCAAUCCAUUUCUCGCCUGUGAAAUCCCUACAGCCGUAACACAAAUCCAACGGGGCCUUGGCUCUGCCAGCCUGUCGACACGGCACUUUCCACACGGCGCAAGACGCGACACAUUCGAUCACGACCACGACUACUCACUCUUUAGAACACUACUACUACUACUACUGAUACUACUAAUGUUAACCCUACUAUCUACAUAAUAAUAAUGAUAACAAAAGAUAAAGGGCCAUAUUCUCAAACAUUGCGUCCCCCAAACUCACAUAUUUGACGGUUUUCUUAGGAGUUUUGGGAAUUUCCAGGGGUAAUUCAAUGACUCUGGGGGUAGUUUGGCCCUUCUUCUGCACCAUGAACCUAUAAACAACACUCAUGAGAACCCGAGUGAUCUCAAAUCUCCUUUAUGUGCGAGACGUGGAAGUGUUGAUAAAAAUUAGGCCCGUCAGAAUCAGUAUCUCGCGGGCGGCGGGCGAGGGUGGUUAGCAUGCAGGGAAGGUGGGAGGCUGGUCACCGUAUCUCUGUAUGAACCUGACCCGGGAAGGCUGUCACUGCUGGGUGUACCUGGUGCUUUUAUAGAGUGGUAAGAACCAGCCAGCAGCAGGACAGGAUGGGGAGCUUCAGCAAGAUGUUGCCAUACAGCUGCUAUGAGCUGGGUCACACCUGGAAUCACUCGUGUUCUACAGUCUCUUUUGAAAUUGGCAUAAUUGGCUUCAUUGAGAGCCUAAAGAUAUAUGGUGUUGUCUACCUGCUGACUGGUCUUGUAAAUGCUCGAAAAAUUAGUCUCAAGUUUGGAAGAAAACUUUUGAAAGACUACUUGACGUCUGUCUGCUUCCUGACCGUUAAUGCCUUUGGUUAUAUUGGCUCCUUCUGUGUUGUCAGGCACAUUUUGCAUCACUUCAAUUUCCUGUCAGCCUCCUUCCUGCCCGGGUUCAUUGGCAGCCUCAUGGCAAUCUUUGUGGAGCGGCCAGAGCGGCGAGUGAUGCUCUCCAUCUACGUUACCAAUGUGGCCUCAGAGUGCUUGUGGAACUCUGCCGUGGGCCAUGGCUAUGCCCGGCCCAUUCCUCGGGGUGAGGUACUUGUGUUUGCUGCUGCCAUGGCUGUCUUGGGAUACUCUUUCCGAGCACAGGCUCCCAUCAGUCAACUAAUCAACUCUAUUUUGCAGCUGUUCCUUGGACAGGAAGAGUCUGGGCUGAUGAUCACACAACGUCAAGAAAAAGUCCAUCACACUAUCUCUUCCCCAGAACCUCUGGUGUGGCACCAGAAGCUGCUGGCAGCACUCACCGGCAGACACCACACCUGUCCACACCGAGCGGGUUGUCUGCUACACUUCCUUUGGACAGGUGUGCAAGGGUUUGGCCAGGGGUUCCUGCUGCAGCUGUCAUUCCGGCUAGUCACCUCCCUCGGCAGAGUAUUGAGGGCCCCAAAGAAGCUGGUUCCUCUCCUCACCAGUAAAAAUAAUAUCGAGGCUGGACUCUUCGUGGCGUGGUUUACUUCAUUCUUUAAGGGGACGUGCUGCGCUGGGCGGUGGUGGCACGGUCAGGAUCAGGCUGGACAUGGGGCUGUAGCGGGGGCACUUGCUGGCCUCUCCAUGUACUUCUACUCAGCUCCUUCACUUGCACUAUACACCAUGUGGAAGGUGGUGGAGAGUUUGUAUGCAAAAGGCUGCAAGUACGGCUACCUGCCACGCAUCCCUGGCUCAGUGGAACUUCUCUACGCCAUCUCCACUGGAUACCUCUUCCAUGUAUCAACUACAGAAUUACAUCACAUGAAGCCCUCAUACUGGAGGUUCUUGGCUAGACUCACAUGGAAUAGGCUCUAUGAAUACAACCGUCACCUUCUGGCUCCCUUUGGCAUGGAUAGUGGAAGGUUCACCCCCAACUUUUGGCCAGACUAUGAUCCAAACCGCAUCAGUGAGGCUGUGAAGAGGCUCAGGCCGGCCCUCUAGCAGUGCAGCACUGUGUAGCGCAGUAGCAGAAAGGCUUCCAGGUGAUAAUCUUGACAGAGUGAGGAUUUUUCUAAAUCUAAUAUUAGGAUCAUCUAUUUCGAAUAACUCAAUGUUUGAUUUUAUUUUAUUUUUUUUUUUAUUUAUUUAUUUAUUAUUUUUUUGGAAAAUUAAUGAACCAGUUUAAAACUAACAAGUUACCAAAGAUCAACACUUGAGACUGGUCAAUUUGCCUUCCACACCAUAGGGGAAACGGGCUCUUCUGUGAUAGUGACUUCAGAGUUAGUGUUUUCUUGUUCAGUGGAAGACUAGAUUAUUUGUUUUUUAUAAAAAUAAAAAAUAAAAGAUUUUUUAUGGUUAGUGUAUAUAUAUGGAUUUUUUAUUUUAAAGUCUUUUGAUAUAAGAAAACUUAUUUGGAGUGUAAGAAUACUUAAUAUUAAUUAUUAUUGUUCCCAGAAAACCCUGUAUCCACUUUCUGGUGCAUCAAAAAAAAUAGAGCAAUUUUUAACCCGUGGGAUGCUACCCUGCCUUAUUGGGCAGAUGGUCAGGUGCUAGCCACCCCAAAUCAGCGGACGUGUUUUAGCCAAAGGGAAUUGAGAUUAAGUGGCCCAAGAAUCUGAGUUCAAAUCUUGGUCAAAGCAGCUGGUCCUCAGUAUUUGCUUUCUGUCAAUCCAUCCUUGACUGGUAAGUUAUGUGGAGCAGCUCUGUGCUCCACAAUUGUUUUUGAAUAGUGUGCUGCAAGGUUGAAGGUCAAAGAGUAGCAGUGGAAGCUUCUCUGAUGUGUUUUGGCCAUCUUUACCUCUGAGUCUAUAAAUGGGUUGGGCUCGAUGGCACAGUGGAUAUGAUGCUUGGCUUGCAACUGAUAGGUUGUGAGUUCAGUUCCAGCUCACAGCUGCUUUUCAAUGAGAGAGGUAGUGCUCUCUUGUAACCCUGGAAGAGCUAUGUGGUCUUAGCUGGCUAGCUCUUUAAUCAUGUGAUUGAUCCACACAGGGAUUUAUGUCAUGUGGAUCAUGAUACAGAGGUAAAGAGUGUUCACAACAAUGCUCAGUUUGUCUCCUCUAUUGAUACUUCACGAUUCUUGCAGACAGAUUUGGCUUUACUGAAUGCCAAAGAAGUUCCAUCAAAAGAAGAGAGAGCAGAUAUGAUAGCCAUGAGUGCUGAGUCGUGCAUCCCAUCAUGCAUCUUCUAUCCUAAAGUGGAGAUUGUUUAAACUUUACAGGGUGUUGUCUCAGAAUCAUUGGUGCAUUAGAAAUUCAUAACAAUUAUCUGCAUUUGAAUUUUGAAAGUUAAGAUUAGGCAGUUUUAAAGAAAAGCGGUAAUAAGAUAAUUAAAAAUACACAUCAUAUUCUGAAAAAAAAUUGAGAUUUUUUAUUUUUUUAUAUUAUUUUUUUGGCUUAAUUAACAAAGCAAUGAAUGAAGCUUCAAGGUGGUUCAGCCUCACACUGGUAUUGCGGAUAUUUUAUCUCAUUUCAUUCCUUUAGAAAAUUAUAAACAGUUAUUGCUACUUUGGUGAAGUGAAAGAGUUAACUUUGACCUGAAGUGGUAUCUUCCACUUGCUGACAAUAACUGAUAUGUUUCAUUGUUAAUAGAGUUAUAACUGUUAGCAGUCAUGUUCCAGAGAAAUCUUAUACUGCCAAUGGUGAAGACUGUUGAAAUAAACCCAGCUAAUGAAUAAGUCCAGCUUUUGUUGACUUGUAAUUAUUGUUGGGUCUUGUAUUAUAGUGUUAUAUUUGCUGCUGCCAAGAUAACCUUAGAACUUAGUUUUUUACCUUUUAGGAAAAAAUGUGUAAAUUUAUCUGUAGGUAACUUUUAUUUUUUUAUUUUUUUAUUAACCCGUAAACUGCGCCAGACAUCUCAAGAUGCUAUGAGUUAGACUGCGCCAGGCAUCUUAAGAUGACACAUGUUCCAAGGUGGAUAUUUAUAUUUCCCGCGAUGCCAAAGUAUAUACCAAUGAACCUCGUGUGGCAACAUCAUCCCUCUUUCGCACCAUGUAGUCACCAUCAUCAUAUUAGUUGCUCUUUAGCAGCCAUGGGGAGUAGAAUUAUGUCUUCUACUGAUGCCAACCAGUCUCAUAUAGCUCCUGCGGUCAUGACCGAGGGGGAGGCAUGGGAGGGGGUAAAAAGAAAGUAUUGGUAAAGAGAAAGAUUGUAGUAGACAAAUUUGAAAGAGAUAUUGAUUCAGAUUGCAUUCAACCAUCAGAUUCUGCUGGUCUGAGGAAGCAUGGCAAGCAUGAGCAUGCUUCAGGCACUCAAGGUCACAGACACGCUGCCUCUCCAACAGUGUGGAAAGUUACUAGCUAGCCUAGUCACUCACUGACACCAUCAUCACUGUCUGAUGAUUCAGAGUGGCAGAAAGAUGAGGAAAAUGACAGUGGGGGUAUAAGAGAAGACUCAGCUAAUGAACUGAGUGAGGGAGGGGUGUCAGCUGGUGUGGGAGAGGAGGGGGAGGCAGAGGGAGAACAGGAGCCUCAGAAACGCGAGACAACGCGUACUUCAUUCAUCUGGUCUGAUGGAUCAGAUUUUGUGCCAGACAUUCAUAACUUUGACAGAAAUAUUGCUGGUGUGACUAAUGACUGGCCUCUUGAUAAUGAUGCGCAAGAGGUUGAUUAUCGAAAUUGACAAUGUGAUGUUUCCUGUGAUAUAUUUUGUUUAUUGUAACUGGAAUGAAUAAUUAGUGGCAAGAGAAUGUUCAGACGUGACUGUGCCAUGUGUCAUCUUCCCUCUGCCACCAUCCUAUCUACCCCGUCACUACCAGCGCUCUCAAGGUCGCCUCAUAUCCACAACCUUUAUCCCGCCAUCAUUGCCACAUUAAGUGAAUUAUUAUUACUUUUUUUGCACUAUUUGGUGCUCAACAUGUCUCUCUUGGGUGUUGUAAUACUAAAAAUUGUUUUCCACCAGGUUAUUGUUUUGCCAUUUAUUGCGCACCCAGGAGCUAUUCCCGAAUCUUAAUUGCGCAGUUUAUGGGUUAAGAUAUACGUAGGAAGAUUUGAUGCUACUUAAAUUUAAUUUUGUUAGGAAGUAAAGAAAAAAUAUUCUCUACACAGGUUAUAAAAAGUACUUACUCAUUCUCCACAGAGAAGAUACAAACUGUUGUCAUGCACAAUGAGGUUGUCAAGGCUGUUUUGCCCACCUUGGCUAUACGACUUACUAAACACUGAACACUACCAUAGGACCAUUCAGUCUCAUUUAUGGUUGUCAGUGAAUGAACAAUGGUGCUCAAUCUUCACCCUGUGGGAAUGUUCAUUACCAUCACAAUUGUCAUCAUGAAGUCAUAAGUAUUAUUUAAUUAUUUUACUAUGUAUAUUUAUUUUACAUGUGCCUUAAGUCUUAAAAUAUGCAGGUUUCACUUGAUUGUUGACCGUACUUAUUCAACUACUGUCUCAGGAACUUUUGAAAUGCUAGGUGACAAAAAUGACAGGGCCUGAGCUUGCACAGGAUUGAGAAAUGCUUGCACAUGCAUGAAAUAAUGAAACUGCAGGAAUAUGCUCUGCCAUUCCCAGUGAGAUAUUCAAACUUUUUUUUUUCAUCAAGGGAUACUUGAAGGCAAUGAAAAAAGUGAUACUGUGUAUUGCUCCUACAAAUAGGAUAGAAGCUGGGAGGUGUCUCGAUUCACUCAUCUUGAGAGUUCAAGUCAUAAGCAGGAGGAAAUACAGAUGAAGGAAGGCUGUUCCAGAGUUUACCAGCAAAAGAAAUAAAAGAAUGAAGAUGCUUGUUAACUCUUACUUUAGGAUUCUGGACAGGAUAGGAUGAACUAGAGUAGAAUGUCUUGUGCAGCUAGACUGCAGAAAGGGUGGAGGCACGCAGUCAGUAGUUAGAAGAGUGGCAUAAAAAUGUAAAUAGAAGAUAGAAAAGAAAGGAACAUGGCAGCAGAAUUUGAGACUGAAAACAUUCAGUAAGAGGGGAGCUGAUGAGACAAAAAACCUUUGAUUCUUUUUAUCCAAAAGAGCUGUGUGAGUGUACUUAUGCUCUCCCUGCUCUUCCUGUUGCACUUUGUGUACUAACAAUUAUAUGACGAACGACACUCGUGAAGCAUAUUCCUGCAAUUCCAAUAAGUGUUUUUCAGGAGGGCACUAUUUUUUGUGGGGUCCCUGACAUAAAAAGCUCCAAUGAUAUACUUUACAUAGUCAAAUGAGACCAAUGAGAUUUAAGUUUUGAUAGAUUGCCAUUUUAGGAUACUGCCACUAUUUCCUCAUUUUAAGAAAUAAUAAUUUUGCCAUUCCUACACAGCUUAUCAAUCUGUCAAUAUAUUUAGUACAAUUACAAGAAGCAAAUGUGAGCAUCAAUGGUCCUGUGUCCUGGACAAGGUUUGACUGUUUAUUUACUACCUGCUGCAGACUGGUGUACUACUUUUGAAAUAUUAGAAUCAUUACGAUUACUCUGCCACCAUUUUUCUGCAAAAUCCCCAACUCGAGAGCUGUCAAAUGGCAUGUUUUGCAGGGUCGUCUCAGCCUAAGUUAAGAAUAAAUGUGCUUACACACACAGGCACACAAAGUAAUGAAACUGUAGGAAUGUGCUCUGCUUGCUUUGCUUACUCGGCAACUUCACUUUUCUUAAUUUCUUUUUUACUUGUUACUUUAGAUGAUAGAGGUAGAUGUGUGCAUCUAUCCAGAGAAUGCAAGAACUUCAUCACUAUAUAAGAGAAAAUCACUCUUCAGAGUUACCCAUGACAUGUGAAAGUGUAUACCCUGCCAAACACCAUCAGUAGUGGGCUGGUGAAUAAUUUUACUAGUCUGAAAAUGUAGCUUAACAUGUAAUUUGCUUUUGGAAGGUCUCUGAAAUGGAUGGUGGUAAUGGAAGGAAAUGCUCAUUUGUUGUAUAUGUGUACAUCAGUCAUGUAUUUGCUAGAAUUUUAUUCCCAUUCUCUUUGUUUGCUUGCUCUCCAUUUGUUGUGAUGUGUUAAAGGUGUUGCAAGGGUUUUAUGCUUUCAUUUAUAUUAUGAGAGGCCCCAGCAAGUCAUGUGAUUGUUAUGUUGCUACUGGUGGUUCAGCUGUUGUAUUAAGAAAAAGCAUGAAAUAGUAAUUAGUGUAUAAGUAAAAGAAGUAAAAUGUGAUGAGAUGGGAAUGAGCUGCAGCAAAUGUAAGAUUUGUGUUGUCCUACUAGAGGAUGCUGUUACAUUUAUUUUCUAAUAGAACUAAAAGCAUUCAGCUCAACCUUGUUGCCACAUAUAGGCAGGGAGUAAGCCCCAUUGACUGAAUGAAAAAAUGGUGAGCUUGAAUGUUGCCUUUAGUGUGAAAAAUAUAACUCUAAUUAACGUCUUAUGGGCUAUCUAUAUAUAUUAUGUAUAUCAUUCAGAACUGGCAGCAAACUGAACCAUCCAUUUAAUAGUCAGUUAAUGCUUGAGAAACAUGAAAAAUUAUAGUUUCAUAAAUGUGAGUGGAUUUUGAGAUAAUCCCACUCAGGGACAACCAGUGGAACCAGCAGGAUGAUCACACUACUUGUCAGGUGCACUUUCAUUAGCUCCAGCACAUUAAUGCUUUCUAUUAUAUAGUUCCUCCCUCCUUUUUUCAAUUAGUUCCUUCUUGUACAUUUGGUGAGAUUUGUUGAGACAAGGGUUCCAGGGAAACCUCAAGAGUUUGUCUCAGAUUUAAGAAGAGUACUUGGGGAAACAUGUCACUACCAUACCUUUGUAUUGUCAUCUGACAGAUUAUAUAUUUUAUAUUAUAUUAUUAAAUAAAAUAAUGUGCAAU